AUGCCUUUGAUCAAAACCGGUGCAAAAGCUCUUGGAAACAUUGCUCUAAAAAGUGGGACAGACUUUGUGGGCGAUGUUCUCGCCGGUAGAAACGUCAAAGAAGCGGCAAAAGCACGAACCGUAGAGGCCGGCAACGUUGCAAAAAGAAAAGCUAUAAGAAAUCCCUCCCUGAGAAAAGAUAACCUUUUAAAUGGAUUGGUGCCGAAAACAUUUGUCUUCGGAUUGGUCGAAAGCGAAGUGUUUAACGGUGCUUUGAAAAAGAAUCGGUACAAUUUUCAACAUUUCAACGUGUCUUCCAUUGGAAUAACCGUGAACGGAGAAGAAAUGCCAUUUAAACCCUUGCAGCUUUCCUAUGGUGCAGCAGCUAAAUACAUCGAAGCAUUCAGCACCCUGUUUUCUGGUACGGGGAAAAUGUAUCACAACACAGGAAACGAUAUAUCUCGAGACGAAUUCCCAAAAGGCAACGCCGUGUACGCAUAUGACCUUACACCGGAUAUGUGUGGAGCCUCUCCUCAUUUUAACGUGGUACAGACAGGAAAUUUGGCCAUUGAUAUCCAGUUCUCAGUAGCGCCUGCAGCCGCAGUGAGUCUCGUAUGUUACGGAGAGUUCGAGAAUACCGUGCACAUCGAUUCCGAAAGAAACGUUGUCUACGAUUACUCUGGAUGA